CGAUUUCGAUUAACACAAAGCAGCACUGCAUUAAGUAAAAUUAGGAAAGAGAACCCUACUAAAAUAUAUUCUCUUUUGACUGUCACAAUUGAAAAUACGUAAAGAUGUCUUCUCAUUACGAUCGUGCUAUAACCACUUUUUCACCCGACGGUCAGUUGCUGCAAGUGGAAUAUGCACAGGAGGCGGUCAGGAGAGGUCUUUCAGCUGUUGGCGUUCGUGGUGCCAACUGUAUUGUUCUUGGCGUGGAAAAGAAGUCCGGAGCCAGGUUGCAGGAGGACCGCACGGUGCGCAAAGUUUGCGCUCUCGACCAUCAUGUGGCAUUGGCUUUUGCUGGCCUAACUGCCGAUGCACGCAUUCUGAUUAAUCGCGCUCAGAUCGAGUGUCAGAGUCAUCGUCUCAAUGUGGAGGAUCCUGUUAGCGUGGAGUACAUAACCAGAUAUCUGGCAUGCAUCAAGCAACGUUAUACGCAGAGUAAUGGACGUCGUCCGUUUGGCAUUUCGUGUAUCAUUGGAGGAUUCGAUUCUGAUGGCUCGCCGCAUCUAUUCAAAACUCAACCAUCUGGCGCUUAUUACGAGUACAAGGCCCUCGCAACGGGACGAUACGAUAAUAUUGUGCGAGAAUUCUUCGAGAAACACUAUCGAGAGGAGGAUAUGAAGGCUGCUAGUGAUGCCGCGAAGAUGGCUAUUAAAGGUCUGCUCGAGGUGGCCCAGUUGAGUCACAAUACUUUGGAUGUCGUUAUCAUGGAAAGGGACAAGCCUCAGCAACUACUCGAGCAGAGUGUUAUUCACGAGUACAUCGGCAUCAUAGAGAAGGAGAAGGAAGCGGAACUAGAGAAGAAAAAACAGAAGAAGUAG